UUUGUAUUUCUGUCUGUUUGUGGACUGAUGCUGUUUCCACAGUACAAGAUGCGAUGAAAAUUUUCACAAUCAUCUAAUGAUGACCCCGAGGCUCUAGUUUGAAAAUGGCUGUGUUCUGGUCAAGAAUGCGGUGACAGGAAGGAGCAGGUAUGGACACGCAGCAGAGGGCCGACAGGUGAUGGGGAGAGGCGUGGUGAAGCUGCAGAGGCGGAUCACACAUCAACUGCACUAGUUCCCCGUGGAUAACGCCUGCGUGGGCCGUGCCACACCGGCGUCUUCAGUUCGGGGGGCAACAGAAGACUGGGGGGAGGAAGAUGAAUCUAUACAGGAGCUUCGGGAACCUAAUGGAGUCCUGGGUCGCCGACGCAGGCCACUAUUCGGACGCAGCGCGUCUCGGAAGCAACGGCGAAGACCUUCCAACACCUUCCUCCGACACGGGGACAAGUCCGCGCCCGGACUCGGUGGACUCUGGCGUGGAGACGGCCAGUUCCGUCAUGUCCUCCCCGGCCACGCCGUCCUCUGUCACCACGGAUAACGCAGGAAGGGAAGCGCACGGACUCACGUCUGCCUCGCCGUCCCAGUCUCCCACCCUCUCUUCUUCCUCCUCUUCCUCUCCGGUCCUCGGUGCCAGCGGAGCUCCGCGCGUCUCAGUGGACGAGAUGCUGAUGCGUCGUCCUCGCGCGUCUACUGGACCCACGCGGCACGCGUCGUGGGUAGCGAGAGGUCAAAGGUCACGGAGUUUCGCCCUGAAGAGGUCAGCCAACGCACCUGUGCCCACGACGCAGACGUCGGAGCCGCGCAGACGGUCGAUCGCGUGCUGUGACAUUCAGGCGGAUCAGACUAAAUCACAGGACCUUGAUGAGCGGGAGAGGGCACCACUGAGCCCUGGGCUCCGCUACUUGGAACAGGUGUGCCAAAUGUUAGAAGAAAUUGCCAGACAACAGAUGCGCAGCCGAGCGCUGCAGAUGGAGACGGAUGCCCUGCAGGAGGAUCAAAACAUAGAGGUGGACCAGGCUCCCGCCACUUGUCAGAGGGACUCUAAAUCUGCCAAGGAGGAGCUCACUUUUUGUCCCAAAAACCCAAAAAGUGCAGAGCACAGCGAAGCCCUGCCGGGUCGAGAUCAUCUCCACAGACACUUCCGGCAGAGGUCUGCAUCUGACACAAAUAUUUCAACACUUUAUAGAAGAAAGUUAAAGGCAGACUGCAGAGGGCAGCAUCUCACUACAGAUGACCUGCCCGAAAUGGAUGAGGAGGAGCAUGAAAAGCAGGGUUCUGAAAAAGAAGAGACUACUAAAAAAAGGGCGUGGAAAAUAAAAUUUGGGUCUUUCACAAAAGCGGAGUCGGCAGUGACGGAUACCGACAGCCAAAAGACGCAGUCAUCUGAGAGAAGCUCAGCCCGACGACGACUGAGCCAGAUGUUCAGGAGGAAGAAGGCUCCCCCUGUGUAGAAAGGCCACGAUAUUUGGACAUUUGAGUUCCAGUUUGAAAGAGGAAGAGGCUUAAAGGUUAGAGCACUGAAACUGAGUUCCCAUUCAGCUCAUGAGGUGUAGCAAUCUGCUGAAUUUUGUAUUAUUUUCUGCUGUAUGCUUUGUUAUUUUUUAUACCAAAAUAAUUAUUUUUUUCUAUAAACCGAGAGUAAUAAGCUCUGUAAUAAGAUAUUAUUGUUAAAUAUUUACAUAUGUACAGUCCAACACGCUUGCCAUAUUAAAUAAUGUGAAUAUUUCUCUUUGAAGUUAUUAUACAUUUAGUUUUUUACUUUUGCAGUAUAACAAAUAUGUCUCUUCAUACAGGACAGAUAUGACUGUGACACAUAUGCUUUACAGCUUAUUCAUUAUCGAGACAAAGAAAUGCCUGAAAUAAGUUUCCAGAGGUCUGCAUUUGCCUUGAAAAGCCAAAUAAGAUAACAGUGAUGUGAUUGUCGAUGUGGCUGGGAAAAUGUAUCAGGUGUACGUGGUCAGGUGCAUAUUUUUCUCUAAUAAAUUACUUGAAGCUUUAAUUACAUAUUCAAUGAUGAUGAUGUAUUUAGGCCCUGCUUUACUAAUUAAGUAAUCAACUUUGGAGUAGAUUAAUGUAUAAUUUCAUGGUUUGUAUUGGGGGAUUUAAAAAUAUACAAUCUAAAAAUAUAAAUAUAUAUGGGCUUUGUAGGGGUGAAAUACAAAAUACCAUGAAAAAUCACUCUGGACAUUUUUAUCUGAAAAGGAAAGAAUAUAUAUAAAAGGAAAUCACAAUUAGCCAUUUAAUGGCAAAAAAUAGAAUGCAAAUUAAGGGAUAGUUUUCAUGUUUAGUUCUAGUUCCUAAAACUGCCAAAUUUAAAUCCCUUUAAACAGUGCAACAAGAUU